UGCCGGAAAUCAACGGAAGAAGAAGAUAUGAACGGAAGUUUAACAGAAUACAAAAACAAUCUAGCUUGUCCUCUUGCUUGCUUCAUUAACAAAGUAGGGAAUGUAUUUUGCCCGUGUGAUUACUUUGUGCGUGUGCGCAGGGCUUUUUAAUUGUUCUUGUUAAAAUACGAUCAUUAAGUUAUCUAACUUUCUUGCUAACGUGUCUGUCGACUUGGGUUGAGAUGUGCACCCAAACGAAAGCGGCUGCCCGCAUGGUCAACAUUCCGCAGGCAGACAUCGAUCCCUCCGGUGUAUUUAAAUACGUUCUCAUCAGAGUCCACAGCAAAGAGAAAGGAGAUGACACGGAAGUAGAUAUUGUUCGUGGAUACGGCUGGGCUGAGUUCCACGCGGAUAUCUACGAUAAGGUUUCCGAGGAGCUGGAAAGAGAUGGACUCCUAGACUGCGAGUGCGUCGGAGGGGGAAGAAUACAACAUGAUGACCAAGCUAAGAAAAUCCGUGUUUACGGCUAUUCUAUGGGGUUUGGGAGAGCUAACCACGCAAUCGCCACUGAGAAACUAAAGGUUCGCUAUCCAGACUAUGAGGUGACCUGGGAUAAUGAAGGAUACUAAAAUGAAUUGCAACCAAUAGGAUUGACAUUCUUCGACUGAGUUACAUGUUAACACCAUCAUCUUAGGACAUUUCAAUUAUUAGCUUUUUGGCGGCACAAUUACAUCCCACGACUACUUCUCCACUGUAUGUCACCAUUAAUAAAAAUGAAGUCAUUUCUCUCAGGUGGUACAUUGCUUAAGUUGUGAGCACCUCACAUUUCAGAAAUUAGAGUUUAGAAAUCCAGGCAUUGGCCUGUGUGGGUCUUGCAUGUUAAACCUGUGCCUGUUUUGCCAGGCUACUGUGGUUUCCACCCACAUUGUAUUAGAAUUAAAUUCUUCAGUUAACCAAUCAUGUAAAUUCUCCUUGAAUGUAAAUGUGAGCGCCAGUGGUUGUUUGUCGAUGUGUACCAUGUGAUUACAAUGGCAACCACUCAAGGCUGCACCCUGCUUAUUUCAACACAGCCUUGACUUUACCAAGGUUUAAAUUUGAAAAUAGACCUCUACCUAUUGUAUUGGACAUUUGAGUACAUGUUGAUUAAAAUGGACACGUCAUGUAAAAUAUGUUUCUUAUUGUUGAAUCUGUACUGAAAGUAGUACCGUUCUGAUUUUACAAAUACUGUACACAGUACACCAUCAUCUGGGUUAUAAGACAAGUAAAAGAGGAAGUUCAGAAUUUUUUAACAUUUGGCAUAAUUUUCGAGUUAGCGGGGGUUUAAUUAGUCGGUGGAGUUUGUUUCAACAAAUUCCGUGUAGUUUGUUAGUUGCUAGUUGCAAGGCUCUGGAGUGGCUAAGCUAGUGCGAGUCAGUGGUGCUUGCUAACAUGCCAAUAAAAAAACAAUAUACUGUAUGCACGCAUGAAAAUCGCCGAUGACCCAUGCAAUCAAUAGCGUUGUGUUGGCUGCUUUCCAGAUAAAGUUAUUUAAACGUACCAUGGCAUGUGAAUUAAUUGUAGUAUUAACAGCAACAUUUGUAAUCCAGCAGCUCUGCAGGGAACAUGCCAUCUUUGCAAGCAGAGUGGGUUGAUAUCACAUUGUUUUUUUUUCACCGCUGAUUUCUUUUGGUUGGAAUGAAAGGGACUCCCCAUCCCACAAAUCAAUCCCCCUGACGCAUUAUACUGUUUACUCUUUGACCACAACAUGGCUUUGUUUGAACAGUUACGUUGGUAAAUAUAGUUUUUUUUAUUGGCGUGCUAGCAAGCACCAUUGACUCGCGCUAGCUUAGCCACGCCGGAGCCCU